GCCCGUCAUGUCUCUGCUGUAGCAGAGCUCCCUGCUAGGUUUUAUUAUUUGCAUCCAGUUGUCGCUGCACUUUGUUUUGACAGCUGCUUGUUUUCUUUUCUGAUACCAGUUUUUUUUUACCGAAGAAUGAGCGAAAACGAUGACAUCGAAGUCGACAGCGAUGCAGACAAGCGAGCACAUCACAACGCGCUGGAGCGCAAACGCAGGGACCACAUUAAGGACAGCUUCCACGGUUUACGAGAUUCUGUGCCUGCAUUACAAGGAGAGAAGAAUUCUGUUAAACAGGCCUCCCGAGCACAGAUUCUAGACAAAGCCACUGAGUACAUCCAGUACAUGAGGCGAAAAAACCACACCCACCAGCAAGACAUUGACGACUUAAAGAAGCAGAAUGCACUGUUGGAGCAGCAAGUUCGUGCACUGGAGAAGGCCAAGGGGAACACUCAGCUCCAGACAAACUACUCUGCCGAUAGCAGCUUGUACACAAACCGUAAAGGGAGCGCAGUGUCAGCCUUUGACGGCGGGUCCGACUCCAGCUCUGAAUCAGAGCCAGACGAGCCACCUAACAGAAAGAAGCUGCGCGUGGAGCCCAGCUAGACUGCGGUCGCCCCCGCCUCUCUAAACAGACUCUUUUUGCCCACCAGCCCCCAACUCCUCUUCUCUCUGUCUGCACUCAGUUCUGCCUUCUAACGCCAGUCCAGGAGACCAGGAGACUGUGUGAGAGAGGUGCUAUUAUGUAUAAAACGCUUCUACCUUCUUUUUUUCCUCCUGGCAAGCACCCUGUCACUCCUCUUAUGGCCCAGCAACAACUUUUAAGACCCCUAAAGUGAGGCAGCUCUGCAGUUUUGAAGGACUCAAUGCUUUUCAAACCUCAUAAUAACCAUUCAUAAUCAAACAUGGGGAUGACAAGGUAUGAAGUUUUAGUAAAGCUACAGAUAAUAUCCAGUUUUUUUUUUCUUCACUUACUUGUUUUGGACAACCUCUGCAAAGUGUUGGAGGAGUCGUGAGACUUUAAGACCUUUUGAAAAUGGUAAUUGAGGAUGGUUUACCUUUUUAAUAUUCAUACUUUUCCAGAUAAGAAUGUGAAGUUGCUUUUGAGAAAAUGUCCGUUAUGCAAAAUGCAACCCUCCUUAUUCAGUGUAGGUGGCUGAAAUUUUUGUCUUUGAGAUGUUUGUGUAAUCAAAUAAGUCCCUCUAUUUAUAGUGAUGCAUCAAAAUUGAUUUCUUACCCUUAUAUAUAUUCUUAUGUCCAAUCUCCCUCAUGUUUGUCUCAAGAUUUUCCAGAGAACACAGGAGGAUGAAGAAGUUGAUCUGUCGUUUUAGUGGAUUUUUUCACAGGUUCAACUAUUUAUUUUCCUCUAUUUUUAUUAUUAUCAUAAAUAAAAUGUGGGUAUAAAAAAAAAUCCCCUAAUGGAUACUGAAUGUUACACAAUGCAGUUCAAGGGCAGUGACCUUUAUUUUUGUUAAUGAAAGUCAGUUUCAGUGUGUAGUAUAUAUGCCGUAUACUCUUAAUGGUGUCAGUUCUGCAAAGAAAAGCCUUCCCCUGAAGUAUUUGCCUGUGCUGGGGAUGUUUUAUCUUUCUUUUUUUCCCUUUUUGCAGAGGUAAAUUAGUGUGUACGUAUCAAUAUUUGUUUGUUCCAUUCCAUGGAAAUUACAGGUAUGUUGUACAUACUGCCAACGGUUGUCUUGCAAGUUGAGGCAUACCUUUAUUAUGAGACUAUAAAUAAAACUAUUUUAUCCUUUUGG